AUGAUGCUCAAUUCAGACCAGACGGAAAUCGACAUGCCCCCGUCUCACUCAGAGACAGAGUCAGUUUUUAGCGACUGUGGUGGGGGCGGUGGCCGUGGGGCCGGAGUGGAGGAGGCCGGCAGCAUCGGCUUGUGUGCCCAGUCCCGGCUAGCUGAGCCGGGUGAGGCUCUGAAAAAGGACCUGCAGCACUUGAGCCGAGAGGAGCGUCGGCGUCGGCGGCGUGCCACGGCUAAGUACCGGACAGCCCACGCCACGCGGGAGCGCAUCCGCGUCGAGGCUUUCAACAUGGCCUUCGCCGAGCUGCGAAAACUGCUGCCCACCCUGCCCCCUGACAAGAAGCUCUCCAAGAUCGAGAUCCUCAGGUUGGCCAUCUGCUACAUCUCCUACCUGAACCACGUGCUGGACGUCUGAGCCACCGAGCUCACGUCCAUCUGUCCGUCUGUCUGCUACAUCUCCUACCUGAACCACGUGCUGGACGUCUGAGCCACCGAGCUCACGUCCAUCUGUCUGUCUGUCUGCUACAUCUCCUACCUGAACCACGUGCUGGACAUCUGAGCCACCGAGCCCACAUCCGUCUGUCUGUCUGUCUGCUACAUCUCCUACCUGAACCUUGUGCUGGACAUCUGAGCCACCGAGCCCACGUCCAUCUGUCCGUCUGUCUACUACAUCUCCUACCUGAACCACGUGCUGGACGUCUGAGCC